AUGUUGGCAAACAGGUUGAACGCUUUUUUGAUUGUUUGCUUCCAGGACCGGGCACAGCAGCAUGCUGAGUCACUGACAGAUCCGGUCCUUGUUUGCUUCUCAGACGAGGACCCUUCCGUCAGAUACAAGGCUUGCGAAGCUUUCUACAACAUUGCCAAAGUGAUCCGGGCCGGAAUUCUUCGCAAUGUCAGUGCCAUCUUCGAUGGUCUCUGCAGGCUGUACACAGAUGUCGACCAGACCAUCAGGGAGGGAGCCUACAGCUUGGACAGACUGAUCCGUGACAUUGUCAUGGAGCAGCGUGACUUUGACUUCGCAGCGCUGCCCGGCUCUGAAGCAGAAGACUGCAACAUGCAGGGCAAAACGCAUUUUCCGCAGGGAGGCCCAGAUAAUCGGCAAGAGGGAGACUUCGAGAUGGUGCGUCAACUGGUCCUUGGAUGGAUUGUCCUGUUGGACUCGUUGCCACAGGUGGACAUGAUCUCUUUCCUGCCUCACUAUCUUGAGGGGCUUUUUGGCAUCCUUGCUGGUGAGAGCCGUGAUUUCCGUCUUAAGGCACAGGAGUGUCUGGAGAGCCUGUUGGACCACCUUCGGCGUUCUGCAUCAGAUCGUCCAGAGCGGACACAGCAAGCAAUAGCCGAGGCCGCUGCAACGGUAGCGCGCUGCUGCCGUGCUGGAGGCGAGCAGCGCUCGGAGGACAAGAUGCGGGCCGGAGUUUGCAGCAAGUCGGGGCAGAUGGGGAUCAACCGGACUGUUACCGCUGUCGUGUUCUUAGUGGUUCUCACCUUGGUGGUAACAGUGCUUGCGGUCCAUCAGCGUGAGGUGGCGCCAAGUCAUCAAUCGAAAGUAAGCUUGAACGAGCUUGCUGCGAAAGCUACACGUGGACCUUUGCGCGCGUCGUCUACCAGUUGCCGUCAAGGGGGUCAAAGUUAUCCCAUCAAAGCUGUUCUACACAAUAAUCUAGCAGGCAAAGGACCUGAUGGUGGUGAGGAGGGCCUCGUUCUCCUGGUGAGUCAGCGGUUGCAUGGAGUCGACACACGGGACCUGAAGAUAUCCAUGCAUGCCUUAAGCCCAUAUCAGCCGGCAAACCCUGAAUGGAAUGGCUUGGAUGGAGAGUUCGUUUCUGUCAACCAGUUCGGUGGGGAGGUACUCCGGGCACGCCUUCAAUUUUGGGAUGUUGCAGACACACCUAUUCGUUUGAACCUUUUUCCGGUCUUCCUCUGCGACCUGGAGGCAGACUCAACGAACUCUGUGAGGGAGUUUGCCAGGGCAUAUGGGCAUCAUUGGGCAUAUUGGUCGCAAGACACAGAUAUGGAUUUUGUCAUCAAGGAUGGUGCGGCCGAGUACUGGCAGAAGGGUGCCCGUGAUGAUGGAGAAGGGCCUGAUUUAGGCCCGGACAAUCCUACCUAUGUCCGCGAGCUCACGCCCAGUCAGUUGCGGAAGGCGGUAACACUCGUCUACAGAAAUGUUACGGAGAUCCAGUUGGCCUUUGGAUCCGAAGCGCCCGCAAAUGUGGCACGGAUGUUCCUGUUUGCUUUUGUGGCUUUGGAUGAGUGCGACUUGCAGUUGGCAACUUCCAGCACUUCAACUACCAGUAUAACCGUGAGCACAAUGACUCACACAACGGCAACUGCAACAGCCACCACCUCGAAGUCCUGGACUGCGACAUCUACAACGAGCUUUAGCAUCACAGCAUCCACAACAGUAAUAACUCAAACUUCAUCUUCAUUGACCCAAACGUCUGCCACCUUCACAACCACAACAGCCACAGCAAUGUUUGGAAUUCCCCUUUUUGCUCCUCCAGGAGAAGUUCACUGGUGGCAUUCGUUUAGCCAUAUGUCACGCCUAUCCAGAGUGACUCUAUAUGGCGCAGCCCUCCUUGUGCUGGUCCUACUUGUGUUGCUCUACUGGCUCUGCUGGACAUGUCGCACCCAAGACAGAGACCAAGGGAUCAGAGGCCACGACACCCGUGUUCUCCUGCGACUCUAG